AUGACAGAUGAUGACUUGCAUAUUCACGAAGUGUUCGACAAGUUUGUGCAACAGAGAGCAAAGAUGGUAGAUUCGAAAAAUAUCAAAUUGGGUGAAAAUGGUGAGUGCUUUAAUUUCAAUAAAAAAAUUGAUAGAUAUUUAUCUAGAUUUUUUUUCAUUUUUUUGCAGGAAAUGUGCUCAAAGUUCAAUUUGAUGGCUCCAAAGCCAAUGACAAUAUUGAGACGAACAAGAUUAAUGUUGUUCCCGCGGAAGACUAUGUUCCAGUUAGAAAAAUCAACCAGUUUCCAAUGGAGAGACCAGUUAUUAUUGCUGUUAGAAAUGGUAAAUCUUGAAACACGAAAAACACAUUCAAUAUAACUUCGAAAUUUUUAGAGAAAAAUGACGACCAUUUCGAAUGGAUCGAUUGGUUCACCAAAGGGAUGAUGUAUUGGGCUGCCAAUCGAACUGCCAACCCCAUUAAUCCUAAAAAUGAGAACAACCAAACCCACUGA